AUGAAUUAAUUUUCAGAAGACCAAUCAACGAAACCUGGAUUGUUAUAAAAUAUACAGGAUGGAAGUUUGAUAACUGUACUUGUUGCAGGAACUAGUUUUGCUGUAACUAAAGCUGAAUUAGCACUUUAUCGAUCCUCUUCCAUAGGACUAGUUGCAGGAAGUUUUGCUGCAGCUGCAUAAACCAGCAUUUGAAGUUGUUGCAUUUGAAAGUGCAUUUGCUAUAGCAUAAGGAUUAGCAAUAUCUGGAAUCGGAGCCAUUGCACUGCCAGACAUUGGAGUAGGUGCAGUAGCAGGAGUUUGCUAUGUUGGAUAUAAAAAUUGA